AUGCCAUCUCAUAUUGAUACGAUUGUAAAAAUAACUCAAGUUCGUCAGUCUUUUAAAGAAGAGUUAAAAUUAAUGGUUGUGUGGGCAAUAGGUGUUUAUCCUGUUGGGAGUGAAGAUCGCGAAAUGGAAAUGGUUUUAUUUGUUCCUAUAGAUGAUGAAGAAAGAGAUCCUAAUACCCAAUCGGUUUUUGAAAAAAAUGAAUUUUACAGUGUUGGAGGAAAAGUUGUUUCUGAAAGUUAUAAUGGCAAUUUGAGGUUAAAGAUGACUGUCACAUCAUUAACUCACCUUACAAUUAAAAGAGAUCUUGGGUCAAACAGGUGUCCAUUGAAAGUUUCUCUAGUUGGUGUUGUUCAAGAUACAGUUAAAGAAGUUAACGAUGAAAACGCAAUUUUUGGGGUCUUGGUUAAGGAUUACGUUAGUCAGGAUUGUAGUUUUAUGGUUAAGGUUGUAUUUCCGUAUCAUAAUAGUCGAUUCAAGCACUUUAAAAAUUCUAUCCGGCCAAACGAAUCAGUACUUUUCAUUAUAGGACAAAUGGAGAUUAUUCAAGGAGAUUUGUAUGCAUAUGCUGCUGAUAUCUCCUAUGUUAACAUCAAUUUUAUGGCCAAGAGGAAGAUUUCUAGUUCAGACAGUUCCCAAACUACGACAGAAUUGCAUAGAUCAGUUCGAUCAAAACUUUUAACAGCUCAUCAAGCUGCUAGCGAAAAUUUGCCCAAAACAUCUGUUACUGAAAAGUCAGAUAAGGGCAAGGAAGUGAUUGGUUCUACUACUGUUGUGUAUUCACUGAAAUGUAUAAAGGUUGAAGAUGAGAGUGAUGAUUUAUACUAUAAUGAAGAUGAACAUACAACAGUAUAUGAUAAAAAAGAGGUAGAUAAUAAUGACAUAUGUGAGAAAAAUAUUAUUUGUGAGAACAAGAGAAGUAUGCGUAGUAAUAAGGGUAAAGGUACCAGAAAGUGA